AUGACUGUUACUGAAAAACCUAAACCAAUCGCUGAGGUGCUAACAGCAUCUACACCUCCUGAUUCUGAAACAGAGCGUGAGAUCUUACAUAACAAAGGAAAAGAUAUUUCUACUUUCUCAAGAUUUUUAGCCAUAUAUACUAGAAAUAAAGAUGAUAUGUCCAUAUAUUGCAUCGAAGAAAAGAAAGGUUGCGACUUUUCUAAUAAUUGGACAUAUAUUACAAACGUCUUAACAAGUCAAAACAGUUAUUCUGGAAAUAAUGGUAAAUUGACUGAAUAUUUGAUUCCUGCUUGUGAUGCACACAUCUUUGAAGAAUCUCUCUCUCAUCAAUUGAAGAUUACCGAAUAUCAAAAGGAAGGAGAAACCCAAAUUAGAGGUUGUAUUGUAAAGGUCGAAGUUGAAGAUCCAUUCAAUGACUGGUUUAUAUAUCAUAUGUUGGAUCAGUCAAGAUUGCAAUUCAAUGAUUUUGAACUUUUAAAUGUUGAUCAUGCUAAUAAUGUUAGAUAUCAUGACAUGUUUGCUGAUUUCUUCGCUGCUAAUCUAAAGAAUACUAUUAAAAACGAUGAAUGGGAUGAGUCUGGAAGAGAAUAUUUUGUUGACCGUGUCAGGUAUUUUACAGACCGUUAUGUUAGGAUUGAAUGUAUUCUUCCAGCGUUCCCUUGUAAAUCUUCUAACAUCAAUAAAGUUGGUGGUGAUAUCCCUGACAAAGGUGAAGAGUUGGCUCUAAGAAGACUAAUUCAGAUUACUAAGGAUGUUAAGGACUUUUAUCCUCCAGGAUUAAAGAUUUGGAUUGUUAGUGACGGACAUGUCUUCUCAGAUUGUAUUGGUGUUGAUGAUGACGUAGUGGACAAUUAUACAUCUAGAUUACAUGAAUUAUAUGAUUUGUGUAAGGACAGUGAUGCAGAUGCCAUUGGGUUUUGUGGAUUGAAUGAUCUUUUUUUCAAUGGAGAGUCUUCAGAAUCAUUCGAUCCUACAUGGGUAGAAAGCUAUACAGUUUUACACUAUACCGGUACCAUGAUUUCUUCUAAAUCAGAUGCAGCAAGACAAAUUCUAAUGAAGGGGUGCGACACCGAUGACGGAUCUUUAAGAAAAGAUGUCAACAUUCCAGAUCAUCCUAGAUUAUAUUUAUACAGAGGUUUCUCCAAAUUUAUGAUGGAAGAUUUAGCUGUCUUACCCUUUUUCCAAUCUUACUCUAAAAAACGUUUCAAAAAAGUUAUUUCCAAGAUUGCAUUUAAUAUGAUUAGGAGAAAUGACGCAUACUCUAACCUUGUUGAAUUGAUGUUUCCUCAUCAUAUGAGAAUCUCAAUCCAUGCUCACAAGAAUUCGGGACCAAAAUUUGGUGUUAAAGUUAUUUCUAAUCAGCAAUGUAGUAUUGUUAAGGAUCUCCAAAAUAUAGAAGAACCAACAUUUGAAGAUCUGUUACAUAUACCAACUCCUUGGCAUAAUUGUGUCGUUAAGGUCACAGAUUCGACAGAUUCUGAGAAACAGAACUAUUUUUUAACUAAAUCGAGAGUUAUUAAAGAUGCUCUUGCAAGUGGAACCUAUAAAGGUGAAUGGAAAGAGACUUGUUUUCAAAGUGGAAAUGGUGGAUGUUUUGAAAUUAUGAAACAUAACUAG